GCUGGCUCCCGUGUCGCAGGUAAACAGGCUCUCCGAGAAACUCUUCCGCCGCUCUUUAGUUCCGGGGCAUUAACCAAACAUGGCGUCCGUCGUGUUGAAGGUUGCAGUGUCAGGUCUUUCCAGAUGUGCUCGUCUCACAUCCCUGAGAGCACAUUCAACCACAGCAGCCCUCCGUCAGGGCGUCCCUGGGUCCGUUUGGAAGCUGGGGAAGCUGAACCACAUCGCCAUUGCUGUCCCCGACAUGGAGAAGGCCACAUCUCUGUAUCGGGACGUACUGGGGGCCACAGUUAGCGACAAGGUGCCCCUGCCUGAGCAUGGCGUCUACACGGUGUUUGUGGAGCUGGGCAACACUAAGCUGGAGCUGCUGCAUCCUCUGGGGGAGAAGAGCCCGAUCGCUGGCUUCUUACAGAAGAACAAGUCUGGAGGGAUGCACCAUAUCUGUAUUGAGGUAGACGACAUCAACGCUGCAAUAGUAGACCUUAAAGCAAGGAACAUCAGAACUCUGUCCGCAGAGCCCCGGAUAGGCGCUCAUGGGAAACCAGUGAUGUUUCUUCAUCCUAAAGACUGUGAUGGUGUGCUGGUGGAGCUCGAAGAAGCGUGAACACUUCAGUCUGACAGCGAUUGUUGGAGCUGUUCAUUCACAUUUAUAUAUAUUCCACAACCAGUUUAAUAAUAACCAUGAUACAUUUUUGAUUUUGUUAAUAUUGUUACUUAGAUUUUUGAUCUUUUCAUCUCAGAAAUGUGCCUCAAACUUCUAGUUCUGUAGUGUUUCCUGCCUUGUCAUCAAUAAAUUAUGAUGUGGUGUGUUCUGACAGUUUCCAUAAAGUGUGAUCACAAAAUAA